AUGGUUAGUUUUGACAUUACGUCGCUGUUUACCAACGUACCAGUAGAUGAGGUCAUACAAAUAAUCACAACCCUUUUAGGCGGAACUACACUACCUACUGGCUACGUUGAGAGUAUCACGUAUUGUCUCAAAAGUGGAUAUUUCCUGUGGCGAGGGGACUUUUACCUCCAAAUUGACGGAGUGGCUAUGGGCUCACCACUGGCGCCCGUUGUGGCUAACAUUUUUAUGGAGUGGUUCGAGGAAAAAGCACUAGAGUCUGCAAACGUGAAACCGCGAUACUGGUGGCGAUAUGUAGACGAUAUUUUUGCUGUCGUCGCCCGGGACUCAUUGAAGGACCUGACGUCACACCUAAAUCGGGUGCACGCGAAGAUAGAGGUCACCAUAGAGGAGGAAAAAGAAGGAAAGUUACCGUUCCUGGACGUACUGGUCAUUCGAGAGCCGAACGGACGGGUGACUCAUACCGUAUACCGGAAGCCAACGCACACAGACCGGUACCUACGGGCCGACUCUCAUCACCACCCCUCACACCUAUCUUCGGUGCCUCGUACGCUGCUGAACCGAGCACUCGCUCUAUGCGACCAUGAUUACGUCAAUGCGGAACUGAGGCAUGUACGUGACGUAUUAGAGCGCAACGGAUAUCAGUGGCGCAAGUGUAGACGUCUCCUGGGAUCUGCGGGUGAAGCUCAUGAGGAAGAUGACACUCCGAUAUUACAUCAGAGCAAGCAAAUCCGAACCAGGCCUGUCCGAUAA